AAGUGAAUUGGCUUGCACGUCCAAAAUAAAUUAGUCUUGAGCCAAUCUGUCAAUUGGACUGCUCCCAUAUAAAAAUCCAAACUACCAUAUUCCACCAUCUUCCCCUCUUCACAGUUAAUAUUCCGGCAACCCCCCACUCCACCAUGACAGAAAAAUGUAAAAUGAAACUCAGAAAACAUAUAUAGAUCAAAUUUUUACGUAAUUUCUACACAAGUGCAUGAAAAUGGAAGGAAGAUUUAAUGAGCAAGAUGACUCCACCAGUACUCAAGAAAACGUGGCUGGUUCACCUCUUUCCGGCGGUGAUGAAGCAACUGAAGAAGUUUACGAGCCUUCGCCCAAAAAAAGGAGAGGUGCAAACAAGAGGGUGGUGACAAUACCAUUUGGCGGAGAUGGUGGUGGCGGUGAUGGAUCCAGGAGUAAAGCGGAGGUGUAUCCGCCGCCAGAUUCUUGGUCCUGGAGGAAAUACGGCCAGAAGCCCAUAAAGGGUUCACCUUAUCCAAGGGGUUAUUAUAGGUGCAGCAGCUCAAAAGGGUGCCCUGCUAGAAAGCAAGUAGAGCGGAGCCACCUUGACCCCACCAUGCUCCUCAUCACCUACUCAGGCGACCACAACCACAACCACCCUCUCCCCGCCACCAACAAAUACCACCACCACUCUGCCACACCGGCGGCUGCCUCCACUUCCUCAUCCGCCACCACUCUUCCUGCCAAAAUCCAUAAGGAAGAAUGUUCUACAUUUGUCAACCAACCAGAACUCGACCCUGCUGACAACGGUUUCACCGAGCUGGCUGGUGAGUUUGGCUGGUUGGCAGAUGUUGGAUGCGCAUUGUUAGACAGUCCUGUUCUUUUGGGUCCCACAUGGACUCAAGCUGACUUGGAAGUAUUCAUGCCAAUUGGAGAAGAGGAUGAGUUUUUGUUUGGUGAUCUAGGGGACUUACCGGAGUCAUCAGUGGUUUUCCGGCAUUGCAGGACGGAGACGCCAUGCUGCGACGGCACAGGAUAAGAUGUAUUGAUGAAUUUGAUUUCCAGUGUGAUCAAAAAAUUGCCAUGGUUAUUAUACGUCUAUUCUUUUCAUCAUCUGUUUUCUUUUCUGAGUGUAAAAAUUUCAAGGAAAAAAAUAACAAUUCUCUUUUUCCCUUC